GGCAGCUCGGUGUUGUCCAUCGGCCAUUUUGUUGCUUGAUCGAUGUUGACUGGUGCUGAAUUUUGUUUUUCGUUGCAAAUAUUUACAACAGGCAUGAGGACUUAAUUGUGUCGUGUACGUUAUAAUAUUCAUUCAAAAUGGAAGAAGACUAUAUGAGCUCACAGGACUCGCAACUUUUGUGCGAUAAUAUUAAUCGGAACGAUGGAAGUGAUAUUGUUGGUGACGCCUUGAAAGAAUUCAAUGAUUCUUCAGGCUACGACGAUGGUUAUGAAGAGGAUGAUGGAGGCAACAGUUUCAGGGGUCGCGACAACCGUGGACGCGGCAAUUUCAGGGGCAGAGGUCGCGGCGGCCCCCCUCCCGGGUGGAUGCCGCCGCCGAUGCGGUUCCGCGGGCGCGGCUACGGUCCCGGUGGACCGCCGAUGCGGGGCCGCGGCUUCUUCCGCGGCCGGGGCGGCCCCCGCUUCGGGCCCAACAACGGGCCGAACUUCGACAACAACUGGGGACCGAUGGGCCCACCGCCCGGUAUGAUGGGCGGCCCGCCUCCGUUCGGUCCCCCGCCCGGUAUGAUGCCGCCGGGCGGGCCCAUGGGCCCCCCACCCAACAUGAUGGGACAGCCGCCGCCGUUCGGAGGCCCGCCCGGUAUGCCUCCACCGAACAUACCCAAUCCGGAGCUGUGGAUCGAGACCAAGUCCGACGAGGGCAAGUCCUACUAUUACCAUUCAAGGACUCGCGAGACCACGUGGAACAGGCCACAGGAGAACGCCAACUGCAAGGUCAUCACCCAGGCCGAGAUGGAGGUGCUCACCGCUGCGGGUCAAAUGCCAGGAAUAAGCGCUCCACAAACGAUGCCUAUGAACGGUCCCAUGGGCGGACCGAUGGGCGGACCCGGCAUGGGUGGCCCACCGAUGGGCAUGAUGCCGAACGGCAUGAUGGGCAUGAUGCCGCCCGGCGUGCAGCCCGGCGCCGGACCCCCGGGACCCGGCGGCCCGCACGUGCCGCCCUUCAUGACGCAGCCGCCGCCCUGGAUUAAGGAUGGCGGCGGCAAGGACAAGCCGGAGCAGAGUCCAGCCGACGGCGACGACAUGCCGCCGGGCGAGCCGCCCUCCAUGCAUCAGCCGCCACCCAACGGCAACAUGGUGGGCGGCUUCCCGGGCCCGGGCGGCGGCGCGUGGGGCGGCUGGGGCUGGCCGCCGCCGCCGCUGGGCUCGCAGCCGCCGCCCGCCGCGCAGCCGCCGCACGCGCACCUCGCCGCGCAGCCGCCGCUCGCAGGCCUGGCGCCCGCCGCGCCCGCCGCGCCCGACCACGGGUCACAGAUGGCGGCGGGCGCGGGCGCUCCGCUGGCGGCCGACGGAGCCCCCGGCGACUGCGCGCCAGUCAGCUCGCACACGCAGCUCUUCAGGAAAGACGACACGGGCCCGUCAGCGGCGGCCCCAGCGACAGCCCCCGUGGCGGCUGUGAGCAGCAGCGCGCUGGCGGCGGCGAAGGCGGCGGCCGCGGAGUGGUCGACCCACCGCGCGCCCGACGGCCGCCCCUACUACUACCACGCGCAGCGCCAGGAGAGCGUCUGGGAGAAGCCCAAGCCGCUCAGGGAGCUCGAAGUACUGCAAGCGAGAAUCGCCGCUGAAAAGGGAGAGAAACCGAUCAACAAAAAGAUCGAGAGUAUCGUAAUUGACGACAAGAUUGAAGUGAUCGACGUGGACGCGCACGACGAGGCGCAGACACAGGCGGCAGCGGCCGCGGCGGCGGAAGCGGAGGCGGAACGUGCGGCGGAGGCGGAGCGCGCGCGGCAGGCGGCCGCCGAGGCCGAGCGCCGCGCCGCCGAGGCCGAGCGCGAGCGCGCCGACAAGGACAAGGCCGACAAAGACAAGGCCGCCAAGACCGACCGCAGCCGCCCCAUCAUCAGCACGCCCAUCGCCGGCACGCUCUGGUGCGUGGUGUGGACGGGCGACGGCCGCGUGUUCUUCUACAACCCGACGGCGACCACCAAGUCGGUGUGGGAGCGGCCGGCCGAGCUGCGCGGCCGCGCCGACGUCGACCGCGCCAUCAGCAAGCCGCCGCAGCAAGUCGUCGAGCUGCAGCGCAAGGAAGGCGGCGCGGAGGCCGCGGCGGCGGCGGCGGCGGCGGGCGGCGACCGCAAGCGCCGCGCCGGCAGCGACUCGGACGACUCGGACGCCGCGCCCAGCAAGAAGACCGCCCUCGACGAAGAACGCACGUCAGCGGCCGCGGCGACGGCGGGCAGCAAGAAGACGAGCAACGGCACGAGCGGCGCGGCGGCGCUGGAGGCGGGCCGCGACGCCGCCGUGGAGGCGGAGGUGCGCGCCGCCCGCGAGAGGGCGGUGGUGCCGCACGAGCUGCGCGUGCGCAGCUUCCUGCAGAUGCUGCACGAGAAGGACGUGUCCGCCUUCAGCACCUGGGAGAAGGAGCUGCACAAGAUCGUCUUCGACGCGCGCUACCUCAUGCUCAACUCCAAGGAGAGGCGCCAGAUAUUUGACCAGUACGUGCGCGAGAGGGCCGAGGAGGAACGCAAAGAGAAGAAGAACAGGCUGCAACAGAAGAAGGUGGCCUACAGACAGCUCAUGGAGGAGGCCAAGGUGCAUUCCAAAUCGUCGUUCAGCGACUUCUCGUCUAAGCACAGCCGCGACGAGCGCUUCAAAGGUAUAGAGAAGCAGCGCGACCGCGAGACGUACUUCAACGAGUACCUGGCCGAAGUGAGGAAGAGGGAGAAGGAGGACAAGGAUAAGAAGAGAGAGCAGCGCCUUGACGGCUUAACCGAUCAUGCAAUGUGGUACGCACGUACAAUAGAACACGGAGCAGGACCUAAACUUCUUUUGUCCCGCUCAGUGAACGAAUCCCGGUCGCGCGGACGAAGCCACGGCGGAGCGGAGGCGGGCGCGGCGGCGGCGGCGGCGGGCGGAGCGGCGGCCGGCGCACGGGGUGAUCAAUUGACGAUCUCUAUGGUGAGGACAGAGUUCAUCGCCCUCCUCAAGGAGAAGCUGAUUGACCGCCACGCCCGGUGGGCGGACGUGAAGAAGAAGAUGGAGUCGGAGCCCAAGUACAAGGCGGUGGAAAACGGCGCGCUCAGAGAGGACUACUUUAGGGAGUACUGCAAGAUGAUGAAGGACGAGAGGAAGAAGGAGAAGGAGACGAAAGAGAAAGAGCGAGAACGGAGCGGCAACAAGAAGGAGAAGAAAGACAAGGACAGGGACAAAGACAAGGACAAGGACAAGGACAGGGAUAAGGAGUCGAAGAAGGAGAAGAAAAAAGAGAAAGAGAAGCAAGAGGCAGCCGCCGCUGAGGAGGAGUGGAAACAGCCCACCCCUCCCCCCGACCAGUGGGCCGAGAUCCUCGGUAUACCGGGCCAGCAGGAGGAGGAAGGCGUAGAAGAAGGGAACCAGGACAUGGCCUUGCAGAGAAUAGACGCGGUGUCGGAGAAGUCGGAAGCAUCGCCGUGUUCCACCCCCGAGGACAUGAUACCGCUGAAACACCUCAGGUCGUCGAAGAAAGAAGUGCUUACUUACGAAAAUAAGAUAAUCAUAAGGUGCCCCCCGAAGAAGCGGAUAGCGGAGUUCAAAUCCCCCGAGCCGGAGGAGAAGAAGAAGAAGAAGGCGGACAAGAAGAAGGAGAAGACAGAGAAGAAGAAACGGAAAAAAUCGGAGAAAGAUUAGUGUUUACUUUACGUUUUCUUUAAACGAUCAACAGCGACCAUGACUCGUGUUGUUUAGUUUAUGGAAAAUAUUGGACACCAUGCUGUGACUACAAUAUCUGUACAUAAAAUUGGGACAUACUAUAUUAGCAUAGGUGAAUUACGUUAUAUAUUAAAAUAUACAUAUAUUAGAUGUAGAUAUAAGUACUUGUUAUGUAAGAUCACGUUGUAAGGACAAAUGGUAGUCCGAUGUUGGCGUGUCCCGAAUGGUUUCAUGAUCGGUUCGGGAAGCAUUUCUCUCUAUGCUCGUACCUUGAUUGAUUAGUGGCUAUUAAAAAUUUACGACGUUUAUGACAAUAUACUUUUUUUUUUUUUUUUAAUUAUAUUACAAAAAAAAAUUUGUUGCGGGUAGUUACAGCUGCAGUCUUAAUGCUGUCUCUUCACCUACGUUUGACACGAAUUCGUGACAUAAUUCGUAAAACGCAAAGUAAGAAGGGAAGCUAUUCGGUAUAUAUAUAUAUAUAUAUUAACCAUCGGUCAGUAAUCGUUCUUUACUAUUGGCGUAUUAAGGAUCGUCCUACAGAGGGCCUGGUCUCCUUCAAAAGGGCAUAUCGUGUUCUCAGACAUGUCUUUGUCACUUUUUAUUUGUCAAUUGUCACUUUAGUAUUGCAUAGCUGAAACCUCGUCUCGAAUUGUAGGUUAAGUACCAGAUGACUUUGUACUGGGCACGACCACUCGCCCCCCUCCGCCCCCUGAAUACGCCUGUGACGUUUAGAUGUUUGUAUGUAUGUUCAGAUUUAAAUUACGCAGGCCGCUGUCGGAGGAUCUAAAAAAAAAAGGAUAUUUUCAAAAUUAGUUUUUUGGAAAAAUUAAAACUACUUACUGACCCGUGGGGUUACUCUUGAAAUAAAGUCCAAUAGAUCGAUAUUCAAAUCGAGCUGUGUCUUGCUCUCGUACUGCAGCUUUAGCGACGUAAUGGCUCCAUACUGUUCUGAUAGAUGCACGUUAGUGCAACUUGCCAAUGCGAACUAUUGUAAACCGAUCCCUGUUCUAAGCUAAUUCCUGUUUUUUUUUUUUCUUUUAAUGGGUGAAAAUGGUAUGGUAUCUCCGCUUGCGCUAACGGGAUGCGCUUGCGGGGCACCGGUGAAGGGUGAUAGAUGAGAAUGAAAACAGGCCAGUUAGCCCGUCAUGAUGAAUUCAUCAGGAAUUAACCAUGACAGUUUCCAGGUGGAACCGCGAGGAGGUCUACCUGGUUGGGUAUAUUGCGAGCAAUGGAAUUCUUAGUCUCCAUUACUAACAAUCCCUUUCCCCCCAAUUCCUGUUGUUUCAUGAGUGCGAUGUAAAAUUGUAUCUGGCAAUAGAUUUGGAUUAAUAUCGUUAAUUAUAUUAGAUUCAAGAGUAAACCUGCUGGUCAGUGAUUGUUCGUAAAUGUCAUCUUCAUGGUCAGGGCGAUACAGCGAUAUCUAUUUAUUGUAGUUGCAAUAUCUAUCUAUAUAUUGGUCCAUACAACGGAUUACUAGAGGGAGACUUUAUACAAAAGCCGAUUGCUUGGCCACCUCUGUCCCAUUCGUGUUUCUACCGUGAAGCAGUUGUGUUUGCAUGGCUGUGUUUCGGUUUGAACGGUGGGAAAUGAAUUUACUGGGUACAGAGGAAUAACACCUGAGUCCUCAGGAAUGGCAACGCAUGGGGGGUAUCAUGGGCGAAACAGUAUACUCUGUUAUGUCCACGGUACUGCUCGUGUCUAUAGGCGACGGUUACCACUUUCCUUCAGGUGGGCCGUCAGCUUGUUUGUCAUUCUAAGUUGUAUAAAAAAAAUAUCGUGUAUCCAAUGUAUAGUAUCGAGAUGUAAAACCCUAUCGCAAGGAAUAUACAUAUCUGACCAGUGUGUGUAAAUACCUAUAUCCACCAUCAAUGUCCAGAGAAACUUGAUACAUAGAUACCGGAUCGGUACUGAUAUUGACAUGCUUAUUCACGGUAGGGCAGUGGAGGCGCCGCGCCAGCGGUCUACGGUGAUUCGUUCACAAAACUGGAGGUCUACCAUUAAAUUUCCGAAUUUUCCACCUCAAAUUUGUGUUUUUGUUCAUACCCAAAUCGAUACAGUAAACGGAGCUUAACAUUUUAUUCGUCAUAUAUCCUACCAGUCUAUCCAAAAGUCCAAAAGAACGGUAUUUUACCAUUUUUUUUUUUUUUUUUUUAUAUUUUUAAACGGUAUUUUUUAUGUAAUUUGAAGAUCAAAUUUAUAUUUCGUUCGUUCGUUGAAAAUUUUGGAAAACAUUUCAAGGUAGAGCUUCUGGAGUUAGCAUUUAUUAAUUACUAUUUGGCACUUUGUGUAUGGCGUAUGUAUGUAAUUUGCUUGAUUGGUUACGUGUGUGAAUGUUUACAUGUUUGGCUGUUUACAUGUUUGAUUGUUUACAUGUUUGGCUGUUUACAUGUUUGCAUGCUUGGAUGUUUAGAUGUUUGCACGUUUGUUGCUCAAUAACACAAACGCCGCUGUAAAGAUUUGAAUAAAAUUUUAUUACAUGGAUAACUUAUAUCCUAACUUAACGCAGGGUACUUCAUAUAUUAAUUCACCCGGGCAAAGCCACGGGAAACGGCUAAUAUUGUAAACAGUCGAUCAGGAAAUCCCGUGUCACGACAUUCGUUCACGAUAAUCUUCGAAACCGCUCAAUUGAUUCUAAUGUAAUUUUGUAAAUGUGUAUUGUUCGAUUAUAGGGUAGUUUCUAACUUGAUAUGUGACCGUUAAUAUUUUUAUGAGUUAAGACGAUAUCUGCAGGGUCUGAUAGUCAUACAUUUGAGGGCUGCCAAGAUGACGAACACAGCAAUUUAUACUGUGUUGGCAGCCCUCGUGUUUGUACUAUAUUGCACAAUACAUACCUGCUUAUCGUCCGGUCGGCUGUGGUCUGUUUCUAUAAAAAAAAAGAGGGAAAGUUCUAAGAACGUUGAUUCAGCACUUUACACAUAGCGCGUGCACGUAAUCUGUUUGAUUGUAUAGAAUGUGUACAUGUUUGAUUGUAUAGAUGUAUACAUGUUUGAUUGUAUAGAAUGUGUACAUGUUGGAUUGUAUAGAUGUAUACAUGUUUGAUUGUAUAGAAUGUAUACAUGUUGGAUUGUAUAGAUGUAUACAUGUUUGAUUGUAUAGAUGUAUACAUGUUUGAUUGUAUAGAAUGUAUACAUGUUUCAUUGUAUAGAUGUAUACAUGUUUGAUUGUAUAGAUGUAUACAUGUUUCAUUGUAUAGAUGUAUACAUGUUUCAUUGUAUAGAUGUAUACAUGUUUCAUUGUAUAGAUGUAUACAUGUUUGAUUGUAUAGAUGUAUACAUGUUUGAUUGUAUAGAAUGUAUACAUGUUGGAUUGUAUAGAAUGUAUACAUGUUUCAUUGUAUAGAUGUAUACAUGUUUCAUUGUAUAGAUGUAUACAUGUUUGAUUGUAUAGAUGUAUACAUGUUGGAUUGUAUAGAUGUAUACAUGUUUGAUGGUUUGGACAUUCGAUGGACAUUUAACACGCGAUGCUUUACACAGUAUAGACUGUUAACCGGACAAAUUAUCGUGAUUGCGUCCGGAUAAUCGGAAAUCCGGAUAAUUUAAUAUACGAAAAGAAACUAUUUUUAUAUGGUGUUGUUAAUAUGAGUCACGUCCGCGAACACUUGUUUGGAACGAAAUUACCAAAAGAUAUAAUAAAAAUAAAUUGAUCAAAUAAAAUUGAUUUUAGUUUAUUAAGAGAUUGUACGUAUAUUUUUGCAUACUUAAAAAGUGUUAGAUGCGUUGCGGCCGAUUCUGAUGCGUCUUUUUCUCUAUACCUAUCACUGAACCUAAUAUUUUAAUUGGUUAAUUUAGAUAGAUAGGUAGAUAAUUUAUUUGCAUUACUUACAGCAGACAAGUAAUAGUAGACAUAGAGGUGCAUACGCGAAUAAAGAAAUAAAAAAUACAGGUACAAAAAAAAAAA